CCCUCUCCCCUAUCCCUUCUCCUCUCCCCUCUUUCCCCGGGACCUCUUCCUCCUGCGUUCUGGGCAAGAAGACAGAAGGGCAGUUCUGCUCUCUUUUUUCUCCGUCCGUCUUUUCUCCUUGGCCAUUUCACAAUCCCUCCCCUCUCUCCUCUCCCCCCCUCCCCUCUCCCUGCAGGGCGGGCAAGAGGCGCAGCACGGCAGGCCACAGCUGCACGAGCGGAUCACGGAGACAGUGGCGACACGCCCACCCGCGGAACCCUUUCCUGACGGUGGGGGGCAUACUGCUGGUGGUGGUGGUGGUGGUGGUGGUUCGAAGCGGCAUCAUGAUGGAGAUGGGGAGAGGAAGAGGAGGAUUCAGGCUUUGAGUAUACAGAGGAUGAAAAGACAGUUGUUCUGGACGAGACCGAGGGGGGAGAGGGUGGUAAGGGGAGGUAAGGAGGAGCCAAGAAGGGGGUGGGCGCAGGGGGGAAUGACGGAGAGGGGAUAA